UUUUCCUGUGAAACUAUCAACAUGGCGACUGAAGCUGAAUUGAAGGAGUUGGCUGAGAAGAAAAAACGGCGUACGUUCCGUAAAUACACCUACAGAGGUGUCGAUCUUGAUCAGUUAUUGGACAUGACCAGUGACCAACUCAUGGAAUUAUUAGGCUCGGGUGUUAGACGACGAUUUUCACGAGGGUUGAAACGCCAACCUAUGCACUUGAUGAAAAAAUUGAGGAAAGCCAAGAAACGAGCAGGUCCUUUUGAGAAACCAGAGGUAGUAAAGACACAUUUAAGAGAUAUGAUCAUCGUACCGGAGAUGAUUGGCAGUAUGGUAGGAGUUUAUAAUGGUAAAGUGUACAACCAGGUUGAAAUUAAGCCUGAAAUGACUGGUCAUUAUUUGGGUGAAUUUAGCAUUUCCUACAAACCUGUAAAGCAUGGUCGUCCUGGUAUUGGAGCUACCCAUUCAUCUCGAUUUAUUCCUCUCAAAUAAAUACGAUGUACAAAUAAAAAAAA